AUGGUCCAAAUCCCCCUCAUGAUUGACGACUCCCCGUUACAGCCCCGAGUGCCCGGCAAAAGGGGUGCUAAGAAUCCCCGGGCGGAGAUUUCCCCAAAAAAUAAUAUAACGACCCAAGCAAGGAAAACGGAUUCUGAAAUGCUUAAUGUUUUAACCUACAAUGUUCGCACUUUAAAGAACGAAGAGCGGCUCAUAGAACUAGAACAUGCAUUGAAGGAAGUUAAGUGGGACGUUGUAGGUUUGUCUGAAGUUCGUCGAGAUGGCGAACAAAUAAUAGAGCGCGAAGACAAUGUAUUCUACCACUUCGGAACAGCCGGCGGACUGUACGGGGUCUACGCACCAACAUCUUCCCAUAGCGAUGACGAGAUAGAAGAGUAUUACGACCUUCUGAACAAAGCUUGCGACGAGAACCGAGGAACAUGGACCAUGGUUCUCGGCGAUUUCAACGCCAAAGUCGGAAUCAGGACUGAACUGGAUAACGCUGACAUAGUUGGACCACACGAUAACAUCCUCCCUAUAACCGGUUCGGAAAUCAACGCCGCUCUCAAGAGCAUGAAAUACCAGAAAAGCCCUGGGGAUGACGGUGUUACAACCGAGACGAUAUUGUCCUUUUCUCCCACACGGCACCUCAACUACAACGCAUGCAUGCUACAAGAUCUCAGCACUGCGAGCCUUGAAGUUGGACUCACAAUGAAUAGAGCGAAAACCAAGUUGAUGACUAACGGAGCAAAAGAUGGGGUCACGGUAGAUGGGCAGGAUAUACAAUAUGUCGAUGAGUACAUUUACUUGGGCCAGAUAGCAUCCUUCGAAAACAGGCAAACUCUAGAAGUCAAUAGACGCAUCGAAAACGCCUGGAAGAGCUUCUGGUCCAUGAAAGCGCUAUUGAAGGGUGACCUUCCCCUGUGUCUCAAGCGCAAACUCAUUGACAUGUGUAUCCUGCCUAUCCUAACCUAUGGUGCUCAAACGUGGUCAUUAACGGAGGCUUUAAAGUCCAAACUCAAGGUUUGUCAGCGGGCGAUGGAGCGCAGUAUACUGGGUGUUCGCAGAACUGAUCGAAUCAGAAACACGGAACUGCGCUCCAGAACUCGAGUAGUAGAUGUAGGUGCCAAGACCGCUAAGCUUAAGUGGGACUGGGCUGGACACGUCUGCCGCAUGCAUCCUGAAAGGGCCCCGCCCGAGGUGUCGAAUAAUAGCUUCUUGGAGUGA